AUGUAUCAAAAUGUCAACACACGAGAGACGGAGAUGAUAUACAGUCCGACUCAUGGGCCUCCACCACCGUACGACAGCAUAGACAGCCUGGGAAAGACCGCGCCGAAUGGAUCGACAUGGAAUCCCAAGAACUGGUCCAAAGUCACCAUACUCUGCGUGAUCGCGGCUGUUGUAGUAGUGAUCGCAGGUAUCAUCGUUGGAGCUGUUAUUGGGACGAGAGAGAAUUCGUACCCUGACUAUUCUGCUCUCGCAUACACUCUCGAGGAUACCUACUCUGGGACCGGCUUCUUCGAUAACUUCGAUUACUUCACUGGAUACGACCCAACUUCAGGAUUUGUCCACUACGUCGAUUCGGAAGUAGCUGAUUCCCAACAAUACAACUUAACCUACGCUUCAUCCUCGUCUGCGAUCCUGAGAGUGGACACAACGGACACGGAUGCCAGCACAGGUCGCUACUCAGUCCGCAUCACAAGCAAGAAGCAAUAUAACAGCGGACUCUUCGUUUUCGACAUCGUCAACACCCCAUAUGGCUGCAGCACAUGGAACGCCCUCUGGCUCAGCGACCCAAACAACUGGCCAACAAACGGCGAAAUCGACAUCGUCGAAGCAGUUAAUCAAGCCACAAGCGGCAACCAAGCAACCCUGCACACCGCCUCCGACUGCAAAAUGAACGUCAAGCGCAAACAAACCGGCACCGUCCUCUCCAAAAACUGCUACAACGGCACCGACAACAACGCCGGCUGCGGCGUCCAAGGCGCCCCCUCCACCUACGGCCAAGCCCUCAACACGGCCGGCGGCGGCAUCUACGCCAUGGAAUGGCGCCCCGAAGGAAUCCGCAUCUGGUUCUUCCCGCGCGCCUCCAUCCCCUCAGACAUCCCCACCGACGUCUCCAACACCACCGCCCCGGACCCGAGCACCUGGCCUACCCCCCUUGCAGACUUCCCCAACACCAACUGCGACAUCAGCUCGCAUUUCCGCAACCAGAGCAUCAUCGCCAAUAUUGAUUUAUGCGGGACGUGGGCGGGCGCCACGAGCGUGUAUAGCGAUGAGGAUCAUUGUCCGGGGUUGUGUUCAGAUUUUGUGGCGGGUAAUAAUACGGCGUUUGAGACGGCGGUUUGGCAGUGGAAUAGUUGGAGGGUGUAUACUGCUGCUUGA